AUGACCACCGUUGAUAAUGUCCCAUUCUUCAAGAAGAAAAAGGGCCUCUCACGUCCUACAACGACAAGGAAGCGCUCAGCAUCACCAGGCCCAUCUUCGUCUGCGCAGGCGUCGUCUUCCGCCGUAGUUCUUCCAAACAAAAAAACAUCAAACAACAUUCUUAGUGCAGGCACCAAACGCACUGCAUUUCAGCGCGAUGGCAUGGAUGAUCUAGAUGCUCCAGAAAAAGAGGGACCUGACGUCAAGUGGACGGCAGCUGGCUCGCACGUAAACGCUGCGCUGGAGAUUCUGGCUGGAGAUGAGGCUGAGGACUUGCUGGCAAAGCGUCGCCGCAAGGAGAAAGUAGAUGCUGGCGAAGAUGACAUAGAGGUUCCUGACGACGGCCAGUAUCGGGGACAGGCCGCGUAUCGAAGUCACCUCAAAAAGAGCACUGAGGUCCCGAAGGCGAUGAGAGUUGGCCCCCAGCGGAGCACUAGUACGAUUCGGACGGUCACUAUCGUAGAUUAUCAACCAGAUGUUUGUAAGGAUUAUAAAGAAACUGGGUAUUGCGGCUUUGGAGAUACAUGUAAAUUUUUGCAUGACCGUGGCACAUAUUUGGCGGGCUGGCAGCUUGAUAAAUUGGCAGACAAUCCCAAGAAGCAAGUCGAAGAUGAUUCAGGGUCCGACUCUGACGACGAGGACGUCCCUUUUGCGUGCCUAAUUUGCCGAAAACACUAUACUGAUCCUGUCGUCACGCGCUGUGGUCAUUAUUAUUGCUCAGCUUGCGCGAUAAAAAGGUUCGCUAGGACGCCCAAGUGCCUCGCCUGUGGGGCCCCGACGGGCGGUAUCUUCAACCGUGCCGACAAAAUCAUUGAGAAAGUGGAGAAAAAGAGAAAGGACAAACAGGACAAGGAAGACGCGCUUAACAACCAUGACGUCGAGAUCGAGAUUGAGGGGCUGGGUACUACAAGCCGAGAAGAGGAUGCACAGUCGAAUUCUUCUGAUUGAUUUUUGCGCUCAUGAUCUAUGGUGGGGUGACUUGCCCUGGUGCCUCUUGAUAAUUGAAGGACCCUUCAAUGUACAACUCCUCCAACUCCACCGCCCGUUGCAAAAGGCGAAAAGACUUGCGUUGGACUUUUUGACAGUGGUCGUUGCAACUGCCAACUGUCAACCAUCCCACCCUAGCGCUCGCGUCAUUUGUGACGCAAGACGUUCCUGACCGCUGAUAAACGUUGGGUCCAUGUAUACGAUUUGUGGACGCUAGGAUAUGUAGAGACUCGAGAGGUAUAGUA